UCAGAAUUCUCUCUUGAGUAAUUAUCAGUCAUCUCUUCCUCCUGCUCACAUCCUAGCUGCACUCACCUAUGGCGAAUCCAAAAUCAGCCUCUAAACCUAAACCUGAACAGGAAUCCAAAUCCCACUCCCGAACUGUUCUCAAGUUUCUUGCUGAGUUCAACCUUUCAGAUUACAGUUCCUCUUCAAUUCUAUCGCUUGCAAUCUCCACGCUUCCCGAUUCCCAAAGCUUAAUCUAUCUUGGCACAACUUCGGGUUCUGUACAUUCGCUAUCUGUAAACCCUAAUUCUCCCACCAGCUACUCGAAUCUGACAUAUAACCGCCAAAUUACUGUUGGUAGCAGCCUUGUAAAUUCAAUACACGUCAUUGAGGACAGCGGGAAAAUGAUUGUCCUCUCGGAUGGAUUGCUUUACUUGGUUGAUUUGCUCAUGCUUGAACCAGUUAAGAAACUCACUAUGAUCAAGGGAGUUACUGCUCUAUCUCGGAGAUUCCAAAGUAGGAGCACUCAGGCUACUAGCGACCCCGUUGGACAGCGUUCCAAUGGGAUGAAAUUGAAAGAAGACGGAUGCUUCUUUGCGGUAGCUGUUGGGAAGAGAUUAAUUAUAGUUGAGUUAGUUAUGAGUGGUUCUUUAGUGAUCUUGAAGGAAAUUCAGGGGGUUCAUGAGGGAAUUAUAGGUUUAGCUUGGGUGGAUGAUUCAAUAUUUUAUGGCACGAAAAAUGGUUAUUAUUUAUACUCGUGUUCAAGUGGUCAGGGCGGGUUGUUAUUUUCAUUGCCUGAUUCGUCUGGGCCACCCCUUAUGAAAGUGCUGCGUAAUGAAUGCAAAGUUUUGCUAAUGAUGGAUAAUGUAAGCGUUAUUGUGGAUGCUGAAGGUCAGCCUGUUGGUGGAAGCUUAGUGUUUCAUGGAGCUCCAGAUUCAGUAGGAGAGAUAGGGUCUUAUGUGCAGGUGAUUAGAAGUGGGAAGGUGGAACUUUAUCACAAAAAGUCUGGGAACUGUGUGCAACGAGUUCCAUUUGAGGGUGAAGUGGGUACUCAUGGUAUUGUGGCUGAUGAAGGGAAUGUCAAAGGAAAACAUUUUGCUCUGGCAACAGGCACCAAGGUCAUAUGUUACCAGAAGGUAUCAUACGAAGAUCAAAUUAAGGACCUGUUGCGCAAGAAAAAUAUUAGUGAGGCUGUAUCUUUGAUGGAAGAGCUCUGGUCUGAAGGUGAAAUUACAAAGGAUAUGCUAUCCUUUGUCCAUGCUCAAGUGGGAUUCCUUCUGCUGUUUGACUUGCACUUUGCAGAAGCAGUUGAUCACUUCUUGCUUUCAGAUACUAUGCAACCAUCUGAAAUCUUUCCAUUUAUCAUUCGAGGCCCAAAUCGAUGGUCACUGCUGAUUCCAAGGAACAGAUAUUGGGGUUUGCAUCCCCCUCCUGCUCCCCUUGAAAAGGUUGUUGAUGAUGGAUUAAUGGCUCUUCAAAGAGCUAUUUUUCUCAAGAAGGCUGGUGUUGAGAGUGCUGUGGAUGAAAAGUUUCUCUUUAACCCUCCAAGUAGAGAUGAUUUGCUAGAGAAUGCAAUGAAAAACAUGAUCAGAUAUUUGGAAGUUUCACGCUUUAAAGAUUUAGUUCUGCCAGUAAAAGAGGGAAUUGACACGCUUUUGAUGCAGCUCUUUAGAGCCCUCAAUUAUGCUGAUGACAUGGAAAAACUUGCAUCAUCUGAUAACAACUGUGUAGUGACCUGCUUAAUGGGUGAUUGGAACUUAAAUGGACAGUGCAGGAGGAGUUGGAGACAUUAUUGAGUGAAUCUAGGCAUUUAAGGACACUUGCUUUUUUGUAUUCCAGUAAGGGAUUGAGCUCUAAAGCACUUGCUAUCUGGCGUAUAUUGGCUAGAAAUUCAAGCAACGCGAAAAACCUGGUUGGGGAAAAUGUCAACUCCAAGCGUGUUUACUCCGAUCAAGAGACUGCCGUUGUCGAGGCCUCAAAGAUUCUAGAGGAGUCUUCUGAUCAAGAUUUGGUAUUGCAGCAUCUUGGAUGGAUUUCAGAUAUCAACCAAGUUUUGGCAGUUCAAGUCCUCAUAUCAGAAAAAAGAAAGAGUCUGUUGUCACCGGAUGAAGUGGUGGCUGCAAUUGAUCCAAAGAAAGUGGAUAUUCUACUUAGAUAUCUUCAGUGGUUAAUUGAAGACAAGGCAUUAGAUGACACUCAGUUUCACACAACAUAUGCUUUCUUGCUUGCUAAGUCUGCUCUUGAUGCUUGUGAAGUGGAACAUGUUUCAAAAAACACCGUGGACAAUUCAAUUUUUGAGACUCAUGUCAGAGAGAGGUUGCAAAUCUUUUUACAGUCGUCUGACUUUUAUGAUCCAGAAGAGGUCCUUGACUUGAUUGAAGGAUCUGAGUUAUGGAUGGAGAAGGCUAUUCUUUACCGGAAGCUCGGUCAGGAAACAUUAGUGCUACAAAUUUUGGCAUUAAAGCUAGAAGACUGUGAAGCUGCAGAACAGUAUUGUGCAGAGAUUGGUAGACCAGAUGCAUAUAUGCAGUUGCUCGAUAUGUACUUAGAACCCAUGAAUGGGAAAGGGCCCAUGUUUGCAGCUGCUCUCCGCCUUCUACAUAACCAUGGAGAAAUUCUGGAUCCAUUACAAGUCUUGGAGAGGUUGUCACCUGAUAUGCCCCUUCAACUUGCCUCAGAGACAAUAUUAAGAAUGUUAAGAGCCCGUCUACACCACCAUCAUCAAGGCCAAAUCGUACACAAUCUAUCUCAUGCUUUGGAAGUGGAUGCAAGCUUGGCAAGAUUGGAUGAAAGAUCACGCCAUGUUUUGAUCAAUGAUGAGUCUCUAUGUGAUUCUUGUCAUGCUCGCCUUGGAACAAAACUAUUUGCUAUGUACCCAGAUGACACAAUUGUUUGCUACAAGUGCUUUCGCCGUAGAGGUGAAUCCACGUCAGUAACCGGGCGCAAUUUCAAGAAAGAUAGUUUGUAUAAGCCUGGUUGGUUGGUGACACGGUGACUGCAUCACUUCAAACAUUCCCACCUCCCCCGUUCUUAACAUUAACUGGAUGGUUAAAGAACUGAAGAUUUCACAAUGUUUCUCUUGAGAAUUCAGCAAACCCAGAUGACAUAUUAACGUGCAAUACACUGUAUUUUAAAAUGUCACAAACCUGAUGACCAAAUGUUGAGUAUUUUGGGUUGUUUUGGGGAGAAGAUGAAAGAUAGAUUAUUGCACAUUGGAUGGUUUUUCCUGUUGGAUACAUGUGGUUUCAGUGUACAUAUGUUUUAACAGUGCUUUAGUGGUUUGGUUAAUGAUGUACCAAUUGACAUUGAAUAUAGCACAUUCAUAGCACGACUGAUAAUAAGAUCCUAUGUAUGACGGUAAGACGCAGUGGGGGCUUCACCUCUUAAAUAAUUACUCCGUAUUAAUUAUUAUGUCUCUUGUGAGAUAAUUUCAGUGAACGGGUAAUGAAGUGUAAUCCAUCAAACAUAUUUCUUCG